GGCUUAACCGUUGUUUUGAAAAAGUGCACACCAAGUAACAGCCAAUAUGCGGGAGAUUGUACAUAUGCAAGCUGGCCAAUGCGGUAACCAGAUUGGUGCUAAGUUCUGGGAAGUCAUUUCCGAUGAACAUGGAAUUGAUCCAACUGGCACAUACCACGGAGAUUCGGAUCUUCAGCUAGAAAGAAUAAAUGUGUAUUAUAAUGAAGCAACAGGAGGGAAAUAUGUUCCGAGAGCAAUUCUGGUUGAUUUGGAACCGGGAACCAUGGACUCUGUCAGAUCGGGACCAUUUGGGCAAAUAUUCAGACCAGACAAUUUUGUGUUCGGACAGAGUGGAGCUGGAAACAACUGGGCGAAAGGACAUUACACAGAGGGUGCAGAAUUAGUGGACUCAGUUCUAGAUGUGGUCAGGAAAGAGGCGGAGAGUUGUGACUGCCUGCAGGGAUUCCAACUUACACACUCGCUGGGUGGCGGCACCGGCUCCGGUAUGGGAACCCUCCUUAUCUCCAAGAUCCGUGAAGAGUAUCCCGACAGAAUCAUGAACACAUUUUCCGUCGUUCCAUCACCAAAGGUGUCAGACACUGUUGUUGAGCCAUACAAUGCCACACUGUCCGUCCACCAGCUUGUCGAGAACACUGACGAGACCUACUGCAUUGACAACGAGGCUCUCUACGACAUCUGCUUCAGGACCCUGAAACUGACCACCCCAACAUACGGUGACUUGAACCAUCUCGUCUCGGCUACCAUGUCCGGUGUCACCACCUGCCUCCGAUUCCCCGGGCAGCUCAACGCCGAUCUCCGCAAAUUGGCUGUUAACAUGGUACCCUUCCCGCGACUCCACUUCUUCAUGCCUGGGUUCGCUCCUCUCACCUCCCGCGGUAGCCAGCAGUACAGGGCGCUCACCGUCCCCGAGCUCACCCAGCAGAUGUUCGACGCCAAGAACAUGAUGGCUGCGUGCGACCCGCGUCACGGCAGGUACCUCACUGUUGCCGCCAUGUUCCGUGGACGCAUGUCCAUGAAGGAGGUCGACGAACAGAUGUUGAACGUCCAAAACAAGAACAGCAGCUACUUUGUUGAAUGGAUCCCAAACAACGUGAAGACCGCUGUCUGCGACAUUCCUCCCCGCGGCCUGAAGAUGUCUGCCACCUUUAUCGGUAACAGCACCGCAAUCCAGGAGCUAUUCAAGCGCAUCUCCGAGCAGUUCACCGCCAUGUUCCGGCGCAAGGCCUUCCUGCAUUGGUACACGGGCGAGGGCAUGGACGAGAUGGAGUUCACCGAGGCGGAGUCGAACAUGAACGACCUUGUUUCGGAGUACCAGCAGUACCAGGACGCCACCGCCGAGGAGGAGGGAGAGUUUGACGAGGAAGAAGAGGACGGAGAGGCUGCCUAGACACACGCGACACACACUAUAAACAUUCCAACUUUUUGAACUUAUUGGCUGACGUAACAUCCUGAAUUAAAUUAAAAAACAUGAAAAUAAAGAAUUGUAUGCAUGGA